AUGCCAGACACUAUGGAUGCUGGCCCUCAAAGCUAUUUCCAAUAUGGCGAACAUUCGGGGUUCUUGGUAGCUCAUAUUUCACUCAUGACACUCGGUUGGAUGUUCAUCCUCCCUGUUGGUGUUAUGUUCUCCAUUUCAUGCUCGCGCUAUAGACUUCCAGUCCAGAUUCUGUUUCUCGUCACCAACGCAAUAGGGGUUCUUCUAGUCUCCAUAUAUAAUGCUAGCACGCCAGAUCUGUAUCCGGGCAAUGCGCAUCAUACAAUUGGCUGGAUCCUGACUUGGGUCAUAAGUGCCCAGCUCUUAAUGGGAGUCAUAAGUGCCUAUAAAAGAAAUGGCGGUAUGAAAAAUGAGGAGCGAGCAGCUUUCAUUCCGAUUUCCACUCAAAUUAUGGCUGAGCACCAGCGCCUGCAGAACCUGGGACUUGAAGAAGCGUGCCGCUUUUCCAAUGACAGCGGACAGGGUACGGAGCCAAACACCGAGUCUUUGAGAAGCCAGUCAAUUUCCUCGCAAGGUUCGGAUCAUCAGCUUCCAGAUACACUUCAGCAUCAUGAACAAGAAGAAAAGCUGGAACGAAGUGGGUGGGUGCGAGAUAGCAAAUUGUACCAAUUCCUGUCUCGGAAAGUGCCAAGAUUGCUCACAAGUAGGGUUCUCCGUGUUUUUCAGUUUGCCUAUAACAUUAUCGAUCGGGUAAUCUUCUUGCUUAGCUUCUUGGGUAUGGCGACAGGAUUUAUCACUUACGGUGGCUUCUUUAUUGGACCCCAGGUCUUCAGCGGGCUGGCGCAUUUCAUUAAGGGCGGAGUCUUCUUCUGGUAUGGAAUUCUGACUUUGGGUCGCUGGGCAGGCUCCUUUGCGGAUAUUGGUUGGGCAUGGAACAUCAAACCGUCAAAAAAGUCUUUUCCCACAGCUGAAUUUGUAGAGAGCUUCCUAAUUUUCUCCUACGGUUCUACCAAUGUCUUCCUCGAGCAUUUAGCGGCCUGGGGAUCGGAGUGGUCUGCACAAGAUCUUGAGCACAUUUCGAUUACCAUCAUGUUUAUUGGGGGCGGUUUGUGUGGCAUGGUCAUCGAGUCAAGGAAUAUUCGAGAUCUUCUGAACACGACACGACAGACUCCCCAGUCGCGCCUUCAGGACGAUAGAGAAGAAUCAGAGAAGAUGGAACCAAAAACCUACAGGUUUUCGAUGAACCCUAUGCCUGCUCUGGUCGUCCUUCUCUUGGGAUUAAUGAUGAGUUCGCAUCAUCAAGAAUCCAUGCUUUCGACUAUGAUCCAUAAGCAGUGGGGGACUUUACUAGCUGGUGCGGCAUUUGCACGUGCUGCAACCUAUAUUAUCUUCUAUCUGUCACCUCCUACAUCCAUCUUGCCAGGGAGACCGCCAACUGAGCUAAUUACAGCUUUCUGUUUAAUGGCUGGUGGACUCAUAUUCAUGUCUAGUGCCCGUGAUCUAGUCCUAACAAUGGAGCUUCAUGAUCUCGAUGCGAUGUUUGUCUUUACAGUGUCCAUGGGCUUCAUCACAUUUUUGAUGUCAUGGAUUAUCCUAGUCGUAGCCAUCAAGGGAUGGGCAGUGAGGAAGGAGAAUAGGUCCAUCUAUACUUAUCGCUAG